ACUUUUUAAUUUUUGGUUCUUUUUAUUCUUGUACGAUCUUAUUUGAAUAUGAAAUGAAUUAAAUUGUAAAUCAGUUCAUUUAAGAAUGUUGUUUAAUGAGAAUUAAGAAUUGAAAACUCGUUUUAAAGGAUGGGUGGGUAUUUAUUUAUUCUUGGGGAUGGACUUUAGCCUAUAAUCAGGAAUCCAAGGUUCCACUUCAUCCAGAGCUUUUACUUUUCAAUUAGAGCUUGUGGAGUGCGGCAACAAAAAUGUCUCUAACAUUAAACUUGUUAAAACGUUCGUUUUCUACGACUCCUUCGAUGCAUAUAAUUAAAAACAUUACUGUGAUCGGAGGUGGCCUUAUGGGUUCGGGUGUCGCACAGGUUGCAGCUCAAACGGGUCACAAUGUAACGCUUGUGGAUCUGAAUCCGGAAAUUUUAAAGAAGACUGAAGAAAGUAUUGCUAAUAGUUUAAGUAGAGUCUCGAAGAAGUUAUAUAAGGAUAAACCGGAAGAGGGUGAAAAAUUUGUUCGGGAUACGAAGGGGCGUAUGAAAAUAAUGACUGACGCGAACCAAUCUGUUAAGGAUGCGGAUCUGGUGAUCGAGGCAAUUGUGGAGAAUAUGGAGGUUAAGCAUAAGCUGUUUAAAGGGUUAGAUGAGGCGGCUCCCCAAAAAACCAUCUUCGUGUCGAACACCAGCUCGUUGAGUAUAGGUGAGAUAGCAUCGUGUACGAAACGGCGUGACCGUUUUGGAGGUAUGCAUUUUUUCAAUCCUGUGCCGGUGAUGAAACUGCUGGAGAUCAUCAAAACUCCCGAGACCUCCGAGGAAACGUAUAAAGAAUUGAUGGCGUGCGGUAAAGCCUUGGGGAAAGUGUGCAUUUCGUGCAAAGACACUCCCGGAUUUGUUGUUAAUCGCUUGCUCGUACCGUACCUGUCGGAGGCCAUGCAUUUGCUGGAUAGAGGUGAUGCAAGCCCGCAAGAUAUCGACACAGCAAUGAAACUUGGUGCCGGAUAUCCGAUGGGUCCAAUUGAGUUGGCAGAUUUUGUGGGACACGAUACCACUCUGGCCAUUCUCGAUUCUUGGCAUAAGAAAUAUCCAGAAAUACAGUCGUUUAAACCAAGCAAUGUGCUGAGGAAGCUGGUAGAGGAGAAGAAGCUUGGACGUAAAACAGGGGAGGGAUUUUACAAAUAUACAAAAUAAUUUUCUUAUUUUGGCAUUAUUUUUUGAUAAUUUUUUACUUAUAUCAUGUGUGAGAUUAUAUGAAUUGUAAUUUUAAAAAGUGCCAUUAUACUUUUGUUUAACAUUAAAGAUUGAGCCGGGAUAUCCACA